GAGGCCGAGGCCGUGGCUGUGGGUUCCGGGGCCGGGGGUCCCGGGGCCGAGGCCGUGGGUUCCGGGGCCGGGGGUCCCGGGGCCGAGGCCGUGGCCGUGGGUUCCGGGGCCGGGGGUCCCGGGGGCUGCCGCGUGGCCGCGGGCGGGGCCCCCGCGGGCGGGGCCCCAAAGGGCCGGGAAGGGGCCGCGGGAGAGGCCGGAGCGGGGUCGGGAAACCCGGGAUCAACGACGACGACGACUUCUACGACGAGGACGUGGGGGAGGGCGGGAAUUGCGGGAAUUACCGACGGAACGACCACGACAAGUCCCACCUGCCCCAGGACAAGAAGGGGAAGGUCAUCUGCAAGUACUUCGUGGAGGGGCGGUGCACGUGGGUACGGAACGGGAACGGGAACGGGCCCCCCCCCCCCCCCCCCCCCCCGCCCCCCGGGCCCCCCCCGAUCCCGGGGGAGCCCCUGGAGCCGCCCCCGGACCCCUUCAAGAAGAUCCCGUCGCUCUUCGAGAUCGUCGUCAGGCCCACGGGGCAGCUGGCCGAGAAACUGGGCGUCAGGCACCCGGGGCCGCCCCCCCCGCGGUUCCCGGGCCCGGGAGGCCCCCCCGGGCCCCUCCCCGGCCCCCUGCACCCGGAGCUGCCCCCCGAGCUGCCCCCCGAGCUGCACCCCGACCUGCACCCCGACCUGCACCCCGACAUCCCCAUGGGACCCCCCCUGGGCCCCCCCGGGCCCCCCCUGCUGCCCUUCGGGGGCGGCCCCGAGGAGUCCCCCCACCCCCACCCCGGGCUGAUCCCGCCGGGACCGGCACCGGGAUUCUACGAGUCCUUCUACCCCCCCCCGGACGGGAUGGACAUGGAGCCCGGGAACAUGGGCGGCUCAGACGACUACGGCGGGUACGAGCCCCUGGAGGGGCCGGGGGGGGAUCCCCUGUUCCCGGACCCCUCCCUGGAUCCCGAGGGGCUCUGCGAGGGCCCCCCCGGGCUGGGGAAGGGCCCCGGCAUUCCCGGCAUUCCCGGCAUUCCCGAGUUCCUGCCGUCGGCGCAGCGGGCGCUCUUCCUGCGCAUCCAGCACAAGCAGCACGAGGACGAGGAGCGGGCCCGGAGGGGGGGAGAGCCCGGGAAAGCGGAGCGGGACAACGAGGAAGGCGAUCCCGGGAACUGGUACUCCAGCGACGAGGACGACGGCGGCAGCAGCGUCACCUCCAUCCUCAAAUCCCUGCGCCAGCAGAGCUCCGGGAGACCCCCCACCAACCCCCCCGGGGACCCCCCCAGCGACCCCCGGCUGCAGAGACCCCCCCGGCCCUCGGACCCCCGGCUGCGGGACCCGCGGCUGGCCCGGAACCCCGAGCAGCUCCCGCCCGCCGAGCCGGGCCCCUGCGACCCCCGGCUGGCCCGGCACGGCCCCCCCCGCGCCGAGCCCGCCCCGCAGCCCCCCCGAGGGCCCCCCGAGGAGGAGGAGGGGGAGCGGCUGCUGCGGGACAAGGCCGUGCCCAUCCCCCUGGAGCCGCUGCCGGGCCAUGGCCAGCGGGACCCCCGCUCGCAGCUGCAGCAGUUCAGCCACAUCCGCAAGGCCGUGGUGCUGCCCAAGCCGCCCUUCGCCCGCGCCGUGCUCUGGAGCCCCGAGGACCUGAUCCCGCUGCCCCUGCCCAAGCAGGAGCCUCCCCCCCUGGCCCUUCCUNUGAGUCUGAGCCUGAUCCCAAUCCCUGAUCCCGAUCCCUGA